AUGAGUGACAAGGAAGCAAGACGUCUUCCCCACUCCUCCAGACAGGAGACAUCAGGGCAGGACCUGAACCCAUCUCAGCAUCCUCUCUCCAGCCACCAAGGAGCCCCCAGACCCUGCCCUCCCGGUCUCUGAAUCCAACCCCCAGCCCUCAGAAUGUUCCGCCUGCUGACAGCACUUCAGAUCUUGGCUGUAGCCAUGGCACAGAGCCAAGGGGACAAGAUAAUUGGUGGCUCCAGAUGCAUCCGGAACUCCCAACCAUGGCAGGCAGCCCUACUGGCAGGUCCCCACCGUAGUUUUCUCUGUGGAGGGUCCCUGCUGUCUGACCAAUGGGUCAUCACUGCUGCUCACUGCGCCCAUCCGAUGCUUCGAGUUGCCCUGGGAAAGCACAACCUAAGGACUUGGGAGGCCGCACAGCAGGUGCUGCGUGUGGUCCGCCAGGUGCCCCACCCCCAGUACAACUCCUGGACCAUCGAGAACGACCUGAUGCUGCUGCAGCUGGAGCGGCCUGCUCGGCUGUGGAGGGCAGUGAGGCCCAUCGCCGUGGCCAGCUCCUGUGCCAGCGCAGGGACUCCCUGCCUUGUGUCGGGCUGGGGCACAAUAUCCAGUCCCAACGCCAGGUUCCCCAAGUUUCUGCAAUGCGUGAACAUCAACAUCUCCUCGGAUCAGGAUUGUCAGUGGGCCUAUUCUGGAGCCAUCACUGCUGGCAUGGUCUGUGCAGGGGUCCCCCAAGGUGGAAAGAACUCUUGUCAGGGUGACUCCGGGGGACCCUUGGUGUGCAGAGGAGAGCUCCAGGGCCUCGUGUCCUGGGGGAUGGAGAACUGUGCCCAGCCUGGUUACCCCAGCGUCUAUACCAACCUGUGCAAGUACCAAACCUGGAUCCAGGAGACCAUACAGAGCAGAUCUUAG